AUGCUGGUCUCGGUAUUUAUUGCACUAUUUCUACCGUGUGCCGGCAUGACAGCAUUGUUUCUAGUUUACACAUGUUUGCUAUGGUACGCCGCGGAUUCCAACAAUGAGUUCCAGUCACCGCUAAAGCCCAGGCGUGAGGAGGGGCUGUCCGCCUCUGAUCUUGAAAAGCUUCCUAAAGUCACAGGCAAAGAUUUGGUGUUGGGCACCGACUGCGCGGUGUGUUUGGACGAUAUUGAGAGUGACCAACCGGCUAGAAUGAUUCCCGGUUGCAACCAUGGGUUCCAUCUACAAUGCGCCGAUACUUGGCUGUCUAAGCACCCUGUUUGCCCUGUUUGUCGGGCCAAGCUUGGGCCCGAACUCUUCAAUCCACCUGAGACCAAUCCAUGCUAA